CUGUGAGGCUGCGCUSUGUCCUGACGCGUUAGGACCCAUCUUUGGUAGCUCAAUAGAGCACAGAUCCUCUGGGAAGCAUGGACACACCARCAGAGGAAUGGCACGGCACUGGCACCAGCGAUACAUUUGGCACUGAACAAGGAAUGAAGAAAAUGAGCAACAUCUAUGAAUCAGCAGCCAAUACCCUGGGAAUUUUUAACAGCCCAUGCCUGACUAAAGUGGAGUUGCGAGUUGCAUGCAAAGGCAUCUCAGAYAGGGAUGCCCUCUCAAAACCAGAUCCUUGUGUCAUCUUGAAAAUGCAGUCACAUGGCCAGUGGUUUGAGGUUGACAGGACAGAAGUGAUUAGAACCUGCAUAAAUCCCGUGUUCUCCAAGCUGUUCACRGUGGACUUCUAUUUCGAAGAGGUGCAGCGAUUGCGGUUUGAAGUCCAYGACAUUAGCAGCAAUCACAAUGGGCUGAAGGAAGCGGAUUUCCUGGGUGGCAUGGAGUGCACUCUUGGACAA